GAGAACACAGAAUAUUCCUCUUUAAUGUUCAACCUUAAACAAAAGGGGAAAAUAUGACUUGAACGGACUGGCCAUAUUUUUUGCAUCUUUCAAGACUUCAUUUCAUCAUCUACCAAUGAUCUCAGAUUGAUUUCUUAUUUGGAUCCAGAUCAGCCCAAGUGGAAAGACUUUAGCAGUCUGCUUGUCUGCCUGCCAGCCUCCUUUUUUCCCUUUAUAGAUAUUGGAUGGAGACAGAUAACAGAACCAUCAUAUUAGACUUCAUCCUCCUUGACAUCUCAAGCCAACGAGAAUGUGACAUGUUGCUCUUUGCCAUUUUCUUGAUCAUGUAUGUCAUCACAAUGUUGGGAAAUCUUAUCAUUGUUUUGGCCAUACGACUAGACCGUCAUCUCCGUCAUACUCCAAUGUACUACUUCCUUAGCAAUCUGUCACUGGUAGAUAUAUGUUUCACAUCAACCACAGUGCCCAAAAUGUUGGCUGGUGAAUUCUCUGGAAAGAGGAGGAUCUCAUAUGGUGGGUGUUUGUCUCAAAUGUACUUCUUUAUCGCUUUUGGCGUCACUGACAGCUUUCUCCUGGCCUCCAUGGCAUUGGAUCGCUACGUGGCCAUCUGUCGACCCCUGCACUAUGUCACCAUGAUGAGAAGACACGUAUGCCAGCUGUUGGUGGCAGCUUCUUGGCUGGCCUCUCACCUCCAUUCCCUCCUACAUACACUCCUGAUGUCCCGCCUCUCUUUCUGUGCCUCCAACCACGUUCCCCACUUUUUUUGUGAUGUCUUUCCACUGCUCAAAAUUGCUUGCUCCAACACAGCUCUAAACACUCUGGUGGUACACUCAGAAGGUGCUUUCAUUGUCAAUGGAGCUCUGAUGGUGGUUGGCCUUUCCUAUGCACGCAUCCUGGUGGCUGUACUGAGGGUCCCUUCAGCUAAUGGAAAGAAGAAGACUUUUUCCACCUGUGGGUCCCACCUGACAGUGGUUUCCUUAUUCUAUGGCACUAUCAUCUGGGUGUACUUCCAACCCUCAUCCAGUUUCUCACCUAAGAAAGACACGCUGGCUGCCAUCAUGUACACCAUGGUCACUCCUAUGCUCAACCCUUUCAUCUACACUCUGAGGACUGACAGGAUGAAGGAGGCCUUGAGGAAGCUAUUCAGAAGGAAAUUAAGCACCCAAGACAUACAGCCCUAAUAUUUCCCAUAUUUGUGCAGUAAUUGUUUCUGCUCUGCCAUUUCCACGCUCCAAGGUAUCAUCCUGAGACGUUUUGCACAAUGAACUUCAGUUAUUUACUUAUUUAAAACAUUUAUAUGUUUGCCCAAUUCAGCCAAGGUGACAUUGGGUAGCUUAGCCACCCCCAAAAGCACAAAAAAAAACCUAACAAGAAGAAUACAAAUCUCAGUACAUAUACCUACAAAUAAUAAUAAAAUAGGAAAAUAAGAAAAUGGUGAUCUGAACAACAAUAACAGCAUCAUCCAACUGGAGCUCCAGCACAGCAUGGCCCAAAGGCCUGUGGAAAGAGCCAAGUGUUGGCAGCCUUUCUAAAGACAGUUGAGGCCAAAGGAAGCCUUGGUCACACUAGUCAGACAAGGAAGAAAAGAAGCAAAAUAAUAAUAAUAAUUUCUGGACUACAUGUUCUCCUUGUUCUUAUCUAAUCUUUUGAAUCUGCUACACGAGGGGGUGUUCGUUUUUCAGCCUGGUUUAUUAUUAAACAUUUA